CGGCCGCGUCUGCAGCGCGAAAGGGCACCUCCAGGGGCCCGGCCAGGCCAAUCGGCAGCCGCCGGGAGAACGCGGAAGGGCCCGCCCGCUAGUGAUGUUCAGGGGCCCGGGGUUGGUGGCGUAUCAGCCGCCUCCUGGUCCCCUUCCGGUUGCCUGGGGAUGUCCGGCCUUGGCGCUGGCCCUGCGGCCAUUUUGAGCUGGGUUCGUCCUCGCGCCGUCUGCUGGGCGCGCAGCCCUUCCGGGAGCGCGGUGUGAGGGGCUUUUGAACGGCCGGCCCUGGGUGGGGGAGUGGAGCUGCCACCGCGAGAGGCCUCUGUAUGGUGAGGAGGCCUCGAGCGGAUUAGGACGCGGCCUUCCCGCCGGGAUGGGUAUCGCCGUCACUGCGGCCGCCGAGUUCUGCGCCGGCAUUUCCGGACUGCGAUCCGCUGCCUUCUGCCGAGGCCGCCGCCCUCUGUGGCUCUGCUGCCGCCCCAGGGACCGCUGUGUGGCGCCGACUCCGCCGCGAGGCCGGGCCCGGAGCUUGUAGGCCUCCCCGGACCCCGUCCGAGCUCCAGCUGCCAGCCCGCGCACCUCGCUGAGACGCUGCCAAGAGCAGGGGCGAUGGAGCCCGGAGCCAACCUGCCGCGGGCACGGGCGGGCACCCCGCUCCGGCUGUCCUUCUUCCCUCGGCGCUCGCCACCAGGCAUUGCCGCAGAGCACCCCGGGGACCCCAAACCGGGUUCCUGCCCCCGGCCUGAGGCUCGGACUAGCUACUGGACGAAGCUGCUUCCCCAGUUCUUCGCGCCGCUCCCCAGCCUGCUUCAGAAGCUGGUGAUUUGGAGCCAGCUUUUCGGUGAGAUGAUCCCGACCAGAUGGCUAGAUUUCGCUGGCGGCUACGGCGCCCGGAGAUCCCUGAGGGGUCGGGAGAAACCGGCCGCCCCCGCGUUGCACAAGUCUCCGAGUUGGGUUCCGCAGGACCCUUCGGUCGCCCCAGCUGCCAGUCUUCUGGACUGGCUAGAGGAGGGGAUCCCCUGGCAGUGCUCGUCCCUCGAUCUAAAAGCCAAGGGAAGAGCCUUGGACCCUGCGGCCCACGCUCUUCUCCUUGAGCAGCAGCUGUGGGGAGGGCAGCUGUUGCCAAGUAGCCUUCAAACCCGGCUGUUCUCCGACUGGGAACUUGGCCAGUCUUCCUCCGGGCCUCGAAGCAUUAAUCGCUUAAGCAACUUAAACGCUGACUCCUAUUUGCUGAACCCCUCUUAUCUGGACUGCCUUCCCCGGGUAGAACUUAGCUACAAGAACGUCAUCGGAAGUGGCAAGCUAGUUGAUUUCCAAACUGGAAGCCCCGAGAGCAGCUGUCUGCCUGAGGACCAUUCUCAUCCCCAGCCACUGAAUGCAGAGAUCACUUGCUCCUCCUGGCAGGGAUGUCCGCCUCCUUCAAGAGAAGGCCUGCCAGAAAUUCACCAUGUUCGCAUGAAACGUCUGGAAUUCCUUCAGCAGGCUAGCAAUGGGCAAGCGUUACCUACCCCCGACCAAGAUCUUGGCUACCAUAGCCUGGAGGAGGAACACAACCUUCAGGGAAUGGAUCCGACGCCGGGCAGAGGUAGCCCCACAGAGUGUGUUCCCCCUGCUGGAGCCAUUCCCGGAACGGCCCAGGAGCCCUCGGAAGAAAAACUAGAAUUGACUAAAGAGGUGGUUCUUGCUUUGGAACAACAGGCCCCUUUGGAAAGCUGUCCAUCUUGCGAGGUACCUAUGGAAAGAGAGCCUGGGGAAGACCAAAUAAGUGUAGUUGACUUCUCAGACAUAGAAGACGACCUUCCCAUUUCUGCCAGACCAGCCUGUAGUAACAAACUGAUAGAUUACAUUUUGGGAGGUGCACCCAGUGACCUUGAAACCAGUUCUGAUUCAGAAGGUGAGGACUGGAAUGAGGACGCUGAGGAUGAUGGUUUUGAUAGUGAUAGCUCACUGUCAGGAUCAGACCUUGAACAGGACUCUGAAGGGCUUCACCUUUGGAACUCUUUCUACAGUGUAGAUCCUUAUAAUCCCCAAAACUUUACAGCAGCCAUUCAGACUGCUGCCAGAAUUGUUCCUGGAGAGCCUUCUGAUUCAGAGAAGGAUUUGUCUGACAAGUCUGAUCUAGAGAAUUCUCUCCAGACUGGAAGCCUUCCUGAGUCUCCUGAUCCUAAUUCUGGGGCGGAAGAUGACUGGGAGUCUAGUGCAGAUGAAGCAGAGAGUCUCAAGCUGUGGAACUCUUUCUGUAAUUCGGAUGACCCCUACAACCUUUUAAAUUUUAAGGCUCCUUUUCAAACAUCAGGGAAAAGUGGGAAAGGCUGUCCUGACUCAGAGACACCACUUGAGCCCAUUGUGGCCAUUUCUGAGUGUCACUCCCUACUUUCCUGUAAGGUGCAACUGUUAGAGAGCCGAGACAGUGAAUGUCCAGACUUGGUACAGGGUGGGGUUCUUUCUGGAGAAAAACAUGCGCAUAUCAAGAAAAAAAAGGUAACCUUCCUUGAAGAAGUUACUGAGUAUUAUGUAAGUGGUGAUGAGGAUCGCAAAGGACCAUGGGAAGAAUUUGCACGGGAUGGAUGCAGGUUCCAGAAACGGAUUCAAGAAACAGAAGACGCUAUUGGAUACUGCUUGACAUUUGAGCACAGAGAAAGAAUGUUUCAUAGACUCCAGGAAACAUGCUUCAAAGGACUUGAUGUUUUCAAGCCACGUUCAGAUGACUUAAUAGCCUGUGGCCCUCGAAUACACUAAUUCCCACUUCAGAGGUUUCUUUUAAAACAAAAGUUGGCAGCUGUCCUUUGACUUCUUUUUUUAGAGGGUAUGUAACUUGGGUCCAGCAACCUUGUUUAAUAUUGUUUUGUAACAUAGCCCACUCAGAAAUGUCCAGAUUUGAAGCCAAGCCUUGAUAAUGAAGGGUGAGGUGAUGUGACUUCUAACCCUCCCUUGUUUGUUUAUCUGGUCAGAUGUGAUUUUGGAUGUUGCUUGCUUGUUGAGGUGAAAAGGGAACCUUUUAAGGUAUAACUUUUAAGGUAUAACUUACUUUCUUGGGAAACAAUUUAGGGUUCAAAGCCCAUUUUCCGUUUUAAUUUAAAUUAUGUGUACCUGUCUAAAAACUUAGGGCUCUUUUUGUUUCUUCCCUUCAGCAUAUCCCCCCCCCCCAGUUGUAUUUUUUCCCAUUGAUUCCAGAGAGAGGAAGGG